GUAUCACGUCAUCGCGGUUGUCCCGUCAAGGCGGCGAUCGCUCUGAGCGAUUACGAAAUCCCGCGCGCCUCACGUAGAGAACCAUGCGCCGAUUGUGUUCAGCGUAAAUUAAAAAAAGACGUGACGUCUCGCCUUGGAAAUUAAAGCGUUUCAAGGACUCAGAAAUGUAAAGGCCGAACUGGAUCCUCGACGGACUUAAAUAUGACCGGCUCUCGUAGGAACAAACAUAACCUCUGUUGAAAUAAAUUAUUUCUUUUCUCUCUUCUGUGAAUAUUAUCAAUCAACAUAUAUCUCUGAUCACGGUCUCCUGCAACAAUGAGUAAUCUCAUAGACGCACACUGGUUUCCACUGGCAUCCCAAGGAAACGUUUACUCAAUGACCAAGUUGUUUUCUCCCAAUACUUCCAACAAGCUGCUGGUGGCAUCUCUGAAGAGAAAGAUAUAUUCUUGCGAGUAUCAUCAAAUGUCAGAUUUUCUGAGACCUAUGGUGAAGGAACUGUUGUUCACAUAUAUUCCCAGUGGCGCAGAAAUAAUUUCUAUCGAUGCUUACAACAAAUCAGAUACCGGAGAUAGUUUUGUGAUAGGAAUUACAAUAAUGAAGACGAGCAAAGACACGAUUGAAAGAUAUCUGAACAUAUACACAGAGGGUGCGGUGGAUGGCGAAGGGGACGAGGGAAGUACAAUUGAGGCAAUAGCUCAAAAUUGUCUCAUGGUGGAGCUGUCGUACACUCCAUAUCACUUGUAUCACACUAUCCUGCCGAAUCAGGACUCGACGCGUGAGGUAGUUUGGCUGAUAUCUGGAAGCGAUUGCAAUAUUCACAUGAUAAGAGAAGACAAAUUGAGCCACGUUUACAGUGAGUCCUGUAUUGAAAAAUAUUUUCCAGAGCUACACGAUAUCCAAACGCUUGCUCUGUGGAUUAAUAUUUAUUAUUAUGAUAAUAAUAAGUGGAGAGUCACCGCAAUUGGCUGUGAAUGCGGUCUUGUCAAGGUAGCUAUAGUAAACACGGUCGAUCUUCAGAUUUCUCGCCAGUGGCUGCUCAGAUACGAUAAACCCGUGCCAAGCGUGAUAGUAUUUCCGCAGCGAAAUACGAUCAAUAAACCGUCGUUCAUUGAUGUCGAUCUUGGGCCACGUAAGGACGACAGUACGAAAUUGAAUGUUGUUGUUUUGAACACCAGCAACGCUGUUGUCUUUGAAGAUAUUCUUGAACACGAAAUGAAACGUGAUGUAAUAUUAAGCAGCGGCGAGAUGUCCGAGUGUAUUUUGUGUUGCUGUGUGGCAGAUGUGAACAUGGACGGUCAAAAUGAGAUAUUACUCGGCACUUACAAUCAGGAAGUUCUGAUAUUCGCGUUGACAAACGGCACGUGGGAAUUGGCCGUUAGAAAGCUGUUCGACGCUCCCGUGCAUUCCAUAAGCUACAUGGAUAUAACGAAUGACGGAAUGAAAGAAGUGAUUGUGCUCACUCAACGUGGUGUACACAUAUUACAGCAUAACACAACGGAGUUGGAAGUAACGUGGAAGAAACGUUACAAAAAACUAAUUGACAUGUUAGCGGAGAAAAUGUAAUAUUUGUUAAAA